UGUCAGCUGGGGUCGGCUCCAGUGCCCCCGCGACCCUGAAUAGGAUAAGCGGUUCUAAGGAAUAAUCUUCAUAAGUACCAUCUAUUGUGUGCCCAUUGUUAAACCAAGAUCAUGAAACUAGAAACGAGAAAACAUAUCGUGUCCUUCGUUUUCUCGUAAAGUCAUUUAUGAGAUGAACACAAGCUAACACAACUAACAGAUGAGGUGCACAGAGCAUGCUCAGUACAUUACGGUCAAUCAGGCGUCCCUGGUGGUGAAUGUAGCCAGUGAAUGUGGCUUCACUGAAGAGCACUACGGAGACCUGCAGCAGCUCCAGCGGGACUUUGGGCCGUAUCACUUCAAUGUGCUGGCCUUCCCCUGCAACCAGUUCGGGCAGCAGGAGCCCGGCAGCGACAAGGAGAUCGACAGCUUUGUUCGCAGAGUGUACGGAGUCUCCUUCCCCCUGUUCAGUAAAAUCGCCGUCGUCGGAACCGGAGCCAACAAUGUCUACAAGUACCUUGUUGAGUCUUCUGGAAAUGAGCCUGACUGGAAUUUCUGGAAGUAUCUCAUUGAUGUAAAUGGGAAAGUGUUGGAUGCAUGGGGCCCAAAGGUUCCCGUCAAAGAAAUCAGACCCAAAAUAGCUGAAAUGGUGCGGCAGAUAAUCCUAAAGAAGAAAGUAGAGCUUUAACCUCCGGUUAAGGUUAAGGGUUAGAUUUAAAGAGGUGAACACAUUUAUUUUGCUUGUACAAUCAGUGUUUUGUUUGACUAAACCAUUACCAAGUCACAUAGCAAAAGCAAGUUAUACUUGCUCUUUGAAAGCACUGAUGAAACACCACUAUUUUUUAAAAUUUCAAUAUUAAGUUUUACAUCAGGUGGAUGACAUUUGAAGCUGCAGCUUUGAUCCAAAGAGCUCCUGUUUUCCUAUUUGUUUGUCAUGUGGAUUAUGUGUUUUGCUGAUGAUCUUGUCUGAUUUGUGGAAUAAACUUUU